AUGCCCAACCUAAUACUUUCGGCGCUCUUGACCACCACGUCGUCGACGGAGGGCCGUAAUCAAGCGUCGCGUGCUGGUCCGGUGACCAGCAGCGGGCAGAGCGGCGCGUUACCAGCCGUCUCGACCACGUCGCUAACAUCCACCAGCACCGGACGUAACAUAGGCGCCGUUGGCGUCACCUCGCCAGAUUCCUUAAACGGAAUCCUAUCGUCUCUAAACGUUCGGAUCAAGACGGAGGAGUAUUCGAAAAUCCGUUCGGAGGAGCGAAGAACGACAAGCGCUAUAUUUUCAUCAGCGUCAACGUCGUUGUCUUCGUCCUCGACGUCCACCUUCAACGCUUCUCUGUUAAGCUCGUUGCUGUCGACAUCGCGGAUCUCGACGGCCCCCUGCAGGAACGACAACGACGAGGACAUUCUGCCGCGAUCGUGCAUCAAACUCGAGUAUCCGUCCGCGGAUACGCAACGGAAUCAGGAACAGCAAGAGGAACAGAACCCGGUGCGCAACAUCAAGGUAGAAUACCCUCUAAGUCAAUCGUCGCAGGACGUUCUGGAUACCGGCGAGGAGGAAGAAUUAACCGCCACGUCGCCGUACGACAUAAUCGCCGGCCAAGCCAGGUGCCUGUCGAAACAUACCGGCGGCAAGAGUCAAACAAGUUCCUUGGUCAAAGACGUGAUCGUACCACCCUGUACGGGCGGAGUUUCACCAAACUCCGACAUCGUGAUCGAGAUGAAGUACGAGACUCAGUCGGGUCCACCGGCAGCGCCGCCGCAUCUCACGUCCACCGGGGUCGAGCCGCCUCACAGUAGCCAGGGAACUGGGAUCGUGGUCGGUGGAUCACCUGCCGAAGUGGUCGGCGUCGACAGUCUACUUUUGUCGCCGUGGGGAGCGACUGGACCGGAUUUCCUGGAACCUCCCGAUGUCAAGCAAACGGCAGCUGGUCUGCAGGAUGCGUGGGACACUCUUCUCCUCGGUUCAUCGGUCGGCGUAGCAUCGGCCCAGUCGUUGGCCGAGUUAAAACCUCUUCCACCCUUCACGGGUUACACGGGACACCUGAGCAUCAAUGGAAUACCCGGUCAUCAUUAUCACACGAUAGCCUCGUCCGCGCAGAGGCCCUCCUUACCUUCCUCUUCACCGACAUCUUCCUCGAAUCAGGAAUACUACGAGUCUCCCGUCGUAUCAUCCAGCACGCCGUGCCCUCAGGGUAGUCAAAAGCAACAACAACAGCAGCAUCACCAACACCAGCAGCAGCAACAGCAGCAACAGCAACAACAGCAGCAGCAGCAACAACAACAGCACCAUCAUCAUCACCAACAGCAGCAGCAGCUGCCGCAAUCCACUCAGCAAGUAGAUUACGACAUCGAGGACAUAGCGGAGAUCAUCGGUUCCGCGAUCGCCGACACGACGGUUCCUGGUGGUGGAAAUGGGCCAGGCUCGGAGCACGAUCCGGACGCGUCGCGCGACUGGAUCGACAUCGCCGAGUGGAUCGACACCGCAUGCUCGCCCAAGGCCCAAGAAACAACCUCGCCCAGCCCUUACUCGCAGAUAUACGCGACGGCGACGCCAUCCACCCAGAGCCAACAACACGGUUCGACAUUGCAGAGUCUGCUGACGCACGGUUACGCGCCUCUGCUCAACGCCAGGCUACAAUCCGCGAGUGCCGGUCUUCAAAAUGCAUCCUGCGGUGAAACCCCCUCAUCGACCAGUCCCUAUCCACCUGUCAGUCCACCCGGCAGAGUCUCCACCUCGUGUAGUCCGGAUCACUUGUUGCACUCUUCGUUCGCCGCACCCUCGCAUCCGAGAAAAAGGUCGCGACCCACACCGGGCUCCCAGAAUCCCUCGAAGAAGAGUCCUGGGACAGGCGCGACAGCGCUACCCUACGGCACCGAGUCCGGCUUGAUCGGCGGCAAGGAGAAACCCGUCCACAGGUGCUCCAUCUGCAACAGAGGAUUCCUGAAUAAGAGUAACAUCAAGGUACACCUGAGAACGCACACGGGCGAGAAACCGUUCAGGUGCGAGGUGUGCGGCAAAGCGUUUAGACAAAAGGCGCAUCUGAUCAAGCAUCAACAAAUACACAAGAGGAUCGGCAGGGAUUAG